UGCCAGAAUUGUGACAUAAUAAAUUGUAAUUACCUUUUUUAUUUUCUGUCUUGCGCUAUUCCUUUUAUUACAUAAAAAAAGUGACUUUUUAUCUAACGGCAAUUUAUUUAACAAUUUAUUUAUUUGUUUAUUUUAUUCUGUGGUGUAAAUAAGUAUCAGUGUCAUUCAGAAAAUAUAAUGCUAUUGAUGUCACAACCAAGAUCUCAUUAACAUAUGACCGCCCACAUUUACAUAAGUUCUCACAAUUAAAAACUCAUAUUAAACACAUAUUAAAAAAAAGUGCAGUAUUUGUUCCUAUUUGUAUUAUAUAGGCAUGCUGGAUUUAAUUCUCUUACUCUGUGUAAUGUAAAAAAUGAUCAGUUAUGGGCUGUGCUUUUCGCCGUAGGUUCGUCUGUGGUCAUAAAGUGCGUAAUGCAGCGUGUUCCUCUUGAUUAGUCUGAGAGAGUGUCUUCAUUCACUGACACUGUGACCGGCGGCUUCGUGAGGAGACUGUCAAAGGCGUCGGGCCGCUUCCCGUGAGCGCUGUCGUCCUCGCUCACAUCCGUCACGAGCUGUUUGCCCUGUGAAUGAAACUGCGCUAUCAUAAUGUCCUCUGCAGAUUGACCACCGUGUGGCCAGAGCUGUUGAAGAGCACAGUUUGUGAGUUUGUCUGCAGCAGUGGUGCAGGUCUAUGGAGCCGAAAGAAACUCGUCCUGGGUGAAGAAGUGCUGUGGGGUGGCCUGUCUGGUGAAAGACAACCCUCAGAGAUCUUACUUUAUCAGGGUGUUUGAUAUGAGAGAUGGAAAAUCCUUGUUUGCUCAAGAGCUCUACAACAACUUUUCGAUAAACUGCUCCAGGCCAUACUUUAUCACAUUCGCUGGAGAUACGUGCCAGAUUGGUCUAAAUUUUGCCAGUGAGGAGGAAGCCAGGCGAUUCAAGUCUGUAGCCGGUGACCUUAUGAGUAGAAAAGGGAGGAAAACCGAAAAAAGACGUGAGCCACCUAAUGGACCAUCAGGACCUUUAGGACCAACACUCCCAAUGGCCACGGUGGACAUAAAGAACCCCGAAAUCAACAAUCCGCGUCAUCAAAAUAACAUUCAAAUGAACAACAUCAACCUCAGCAACUUCAACAGAAAAGACAAAGGCAAAGGCAAGCCCAAAGGCAAGAAGAAAAUAUCCAAAGCUGAAAUCGGCACUCCAAGCAAUUUCCGGCACGUUGGGCAUGUCGGCUGGGAUCCAAACACAGGCUUUGAUUUGAAUAAUCUGGACCCAGAGCUAAAGCACCUGUUUGACAUGUGUGGCAUUUCUGAGGCCCAGCUUAAGGACAAAGAGACGUCUAAAGACAUCUACGAAUUCAUUGAGAAGAGAGGAGGAGUAGAGGCUGUAAAAAGUGAACUUCGGCGACAAGCACCUCCACCGCCAUCCAGAGGAGGACCGCCGCCGCCUCCUCCACCUCACCACAACUCCGCUCCACCUCACCACAACUCCGCUCCUCCUCCCCCACCUCCCUCCAGAGGCAGAGGAGCGCCGCCUCCGCCACCGCCAUCAAGAGGGCCCACCUCCGCUCCUCCUCCACCUCCUCCUCCUUCCCGACCAGGUGCGGGCGCACCGCCACCUCCUCCCCCCAGCAGAGGGCCUGGGAUGGCUCCCCCGCCACCUCCUCCACCCCAUCCUGCCUCCUUGUCUCCACCGCCUCCUCCACCUCCUCCUCCAUCCUCAAUGGGCGGGGCACCACCACCGCCACCUCCUCCUCCUCCGGGACCUCCUCCUCCCAUGGCUCCUCCACUACCGGACGGGGAUUCAGGGGAGGUGAUGGGGGGUAAAUCUGCACUCCUGGACCAAAUUCGAGAAGGGGCGCAGCUGAAGAAAGUGGACCAAAACAACAAGCCGCCUGCAUCUGGUGGUGGACGUGACGCACUCUUAGACCAAAUACGACAGGGCAUUCAGCUUAAAAACGUAUCGGACGCUACAGACUCGUCCACUCCAUCCACUCCUGCCCCCUCAUCAGGGAUCGUGGGAGCGCUGAUGGAGGUCAUGCAGAAGAGAAGCAAAGCGAUCCACUCUUCAGAUGAAGAUGAUGAUGAUGAUGACGUAGAAGAUUUUGAGGAUGAAGAUGAGUGGGAUGACUGAUGACCGGGGCUGCCCUAAAAGAAUUAAGACACUACAUUGCUCUUGACAUUCGAAAUCUUCUAAAAUUGUAAUGUAAAUGACCGAUUUGCUGUACAUUUUUGUUGCCUUUAUGCUUUUUUUUGUAUUAAUCUGUGCAAUACCUCAUUUAAUCUGUAAGGGUUUGUCAUGCAUCUCCUGUAAAGGUUUUAUUUUCCUCUCCUCAUGUGCAAUUUUACAUCAAGUUGUCUUGAUUUGUAGAGUUGAAUGUUUUUGGGUCUUUUGUCUUUGUCAUUCCUUUAAGAAAGUCGACUCUAAGGAACAAGAGGAGCGAGUCUUUAAUACUAAUGUGGUGACUCAAAGCAAGAACACUAUUUUCAUACUUUUCUCUUACCUUUUCUUAUUCACAACAUAGUUUAGCGCUCUUAUUUUCGUAAAAAUCAUAUUUAGCCCCAUUGCUAAUUUGUAAAUUUGCUCCGAGUUUGAGUCGGUUUCUAUUUUUGCACGAAUCAAAAUGGAAAAAAGUGGGGAAACGGCGCAAUACGGCGGUUAUGUUUACACAUCGUGUGCUAUAGCUACUACAUCAGGACUCUCCUUAAGAUUAGAUGUGAGAAACACUACAGUUAUUAUUAAAAAUACCCUGUUUGCAUACACUAGUUGGCAUUUUACUGACAUUACAACCAAUUUCACAGGCACAGGUUUUUUUUUUGUUUUUUUUUCCAGUUCAUGUUGGGAUUUAAUGUUCAUGUGUGCCAUUUAACAAAAAAAAACUCUAAAUGGACGUUUCGUACGUUCUCGAUGUUUCACUAAUAACGCACUGUGAUGCUGUACUAAUUCAAAAAGAGAGGCUCUGGCUCGCCUGACGGUCCACAGUGGGUCGUAUCAUGUAGUUUCACUGUUUUUAACAGUGUUUAACAACAGUUAAAAUAUAAUUUCCAGAUUCUUUGUUCAACCAGGGUUGCUUUGCGUUGAGACUUGAAACCUUUGAAAUGAGGUUGAAAAAGAAUUAUUCAAAUUGUACACUCAAAUAAAUGUUAAUAUUUACAGAA